AUGGUCGUGCGAGUUGGGUAUUCAAUCAAGAAUUCCGAAACCUGUUUUCUCUUCUUCCGCUCUACCACUUCUCCAUCACCUCCGUUCCACCGAAACUACAUCGUGAAGCUUGUCGAAGACAGCCCAGUGGACCCCAACAUCAUGGAUGAGGAACUGACCCAUAACGAGGACUUGGAAUUGACAGAUGAGUUACGAGAAGAGUUUGAGAUAUGCGCUCGAAUUAAUUUUUGGGAUCACAGGGCCUGCGAUCUCGAGAAGGCCAGGGCCGGUUGGACGCCAGCAAAGAACCACCUCUACGCCGCGUUCUACUACGGUGAGAACGAACCAGGCCGCCGGCGAGACCUCAGUCUAUGGUGGGAGGGUCGGAGAGGAGUUUCUAUGGUGACCCCGGCCAAGUUUUGCGAAAUGAUCGGCGGCCUUGAUCUCUUGGACCAUCCAGAGCUAAAAUCCUACCAGGCCAAGAUGGGUAAAAAGGAUACGGUAGAUGUAAUCCCAUUCCCGCUUUUCAAGCAUGGAGGAAAGUAUCUUUAUUUCGAAAGGGACACAAUGGUUGAGCUUCCACAAUUGUACCACCGCCGAUACCGGGAAUGGGGUCUGCAAGACGUGUUGGAGGACCGAGAAUCGUAUGAAGUGAGCUGGUGCAAGUUUGAACCCCCAAUUAUUACCCCUCAACAUCUCCGGAGUCCAGGUGAUAUGGAACACAGCUCGACCUUACAUUACGCUUUAUACAUUGGCAAGGUUAGGUACAGUGCAUCAUACACCGCCGACAAUCUACGGGAGUUGGAACCUGCCCCUUUCCAAGUCUUCCUCCAUCCCGUCGACAAGAGUCUUUGGAUAGUUUUCGAUACUUAUCCUAUGCAUGGUUUUGAUCGGUUCCCAGAGGAAGAAGAGUGGACCGACACCGAUGAAGAGGAAUUCAACGUCGGUGAGGGGAAUCGCGUAACGGUACGCGUAUACCGCCACUCGAUUUGGGACGCGCUCGAAUCUGCACCUCCUGUCGUUGCUUGGCGCAUACCAUUUUCUGACAUGGAGCGUAUCGCACAGCGGCGCACAUAUGUUCGUGGUCUCGUUAGCACGGUCAUAUACGACGAUAACGCACCCGUGCCGCAAGUGGUCGUGGACGGGUAUGAUCCUACCUGGAACAGCUCCGUUGGCCCGCGGCCACUGAUAUAUGCGCCGGUGAAAGAGUGCUGGACGAAGUACAGGGAGGAAAUUUUAAAGCCAGCGGCGGCCUUAGCUGCUCGUGGUGGAUCCAACGCUACGGCCGAGUUCCAACAAGACCCUGGACCAAACGAUCCGUCAGCCGACUAG